AAUAAAUCGGCCGACUUUAAGAGCGCGGCGACUGCCGGUCGUGACCGCGGAAAAAGAGCGUCGUCGUCGCGCCAAAAGCACGGGAAUAAAUCGACGAUGCUCCCCUCGCACCGGCCGGCACCCGCCGCUGGCGGCGGCAAAUAAUAAUGCCGCCGAUGACGGAAUUAGAAUAGAUACGCUAGUAAAUUGUCCAACGGAACGAGCGUCGACGGUGCGAUGCGACGCGACGCAGCGCGUCACACAGCACGACGCGACGCGACACGACGCUCUUUCAGUGGGAGGAGCUGCUAAAAUUAGAGGUGCUCCAGAGAGAGCGAAAGAGAGAGAAAUAGUAGUAGUAGUAGAGUCGCGUUUCACCGCGCUCCCAGCAGCAGCAUCAUCAUCAUCCUCCUCUUCUCCAGACACUUCCGAAAAGUCCUCUGGCCCGAUAAGACGACCCCGCGCGUCGCGCUUAUCGACGCGUUUUCCGCGGUUAUAUGGCGUUUCGUCGUUUUGGCCGGCGCGUAGCGGCCUGAUAGAGACGCUUCCGCGGACGUCGUUAUCGGCGAAAGGAAGGAAGGAAGGAAGAAAGAAAGAAAGGAAGGAAGGAAGGAAGAAAUGCCCGCUGCCCGAGCGACGACCGUCGGCCGAUCGUUCGUCGGAUACCUCGCCGCGUUGUGCAUCGUGUCACUGACGUCGGGUCUCGCGCAGGUCGAAGGGAGAAAGUGCGCGUGCACGAGCAGAGCCUGCAGGGAGAUGGGAGUGGACGUUUGCAGCACCAAAUUCUCUUGCUACACCGAAUUCAUUUUGACAGCGGGACAGGGGGCCGAUGAGAGCACGACCACGAGAGGAUGCACGGAGAGCGCCACGCCGUUGUUGUGCGAGACCAAGUCCUGGGCCACGAGGUCGCGGUCGGUCAGCAACGUGGAGCCGUCGGCGAGCCCGUGGGUCCGCGUGCCCUGGCCGAGAUUGAAAUGCUGCAACAGCCACGACUACUGCAACGCCGCGGACGGAUCGGACGCGAGCACGUGGACGCCUGAGAGGAGAAAGGUGAUGGAUCCGGCGCGUUCCGCGGUAGGCCUCGGCACACCGGAGAACGGAGUGUCGACGAGCCGCGACACGAUGCCGACGAUACAGCAGGGCGUGCGGCAGCAUGAGGAUUCGGCGGAGCUCACCGGCGAUCGGCUCCUGCGAAACCGCGUCAAGGCACUGCACGUCGCCGCCCUCGUCCUCGCCGUCGCGGCCCUCAUAUCCGUCCUGGCGUCUUGCUACGUGGUCACCAGGUUUCUGAGGAGCAACCGUUAUACAAUGAACAAUGUAAAUUAAUUGCGAACGCGAGUCUCGAUUACAUCAUGAUUCCGUGGAAUAAUUGUGGUCUUUCCUUCGAUGGGAAUCGUAUGAAUGAAAAUAUAGGAAUUACUGGAUACCGCGGGGGAGGUCCCAAAAGAGCCACGUCAGCCGCGUGAUGGACGAGUCGGGAUGCGAGAGCCGAUGCGUGUUUGACGAAGCUUCCUGAGGGGGAGAACGAGCGCCACGCUGGCCAUCCUUUGUUCUACACAUGGCUAUGACUAACGGCAGCUAAACCGUGCGGCCCGAAUUCUCUCGACUGCCAUUGAACGAGGGGCCCCUCGACGGGCCGACCACUGGCCCGGCCAGGUGCCCGGACGCGUUUCGACGUAAUUAGUCAUUCUCCAGGUUGCCGAGCACACACGCGUACGUACGCACACGGCGACGAAUAACGUACGCGCAACGUCAUCGUGACGGAGGAAUUCCACAUCCAACGUGAUAAAUUCACGUGAAUAAAUUGAAGGAUGCGCUAAUGUGCGCUAUACACGUUCCCUAUAUUGUGGGAGAGGAAAUAUCUAAGAAAUAAAAAAUAUAUGUAUAUAUAUAUAUAUUCAAUAGAGACUAAUAACAUGUUUGCUAAUGCAUUUUUGUACUAGAGAUAAAGUAGUUUUCAAAUAAGAAGUAUAUAUUUACUUGGAACCUUAGCUUCUCAGAAAAGCAAGCGUUUAUUCUAGUUAAGCAAGAGAAUUCCGAAUUAACAUGUUAUUAGUAACCGCCGAAUAAAUAUCUGUGAUUUUUUAGAUACGUUUUCUCUCAAUGUACACGUGGCUCUCUAAGAACUUUCACGUCCGUAGGUAUAGAUUAGGCAGUUACAAUUAAUUGGGUGUGCGUAAAAACGAGUCGGGGUACAUGCUUUUGUGACUUUAACAUGCAGUUCUUUGCGGUUUUACGGUAGGGAGAAGUGUCCAAUUUUGGCUGUAAACAAUGCAUUUUGUAUCGGUAAAAUAUAUAUGAGAGUAUAAAUGCUCGUGUGAGUAGAAUUGCCCAGAAUGAUCCCGACCUACAUACAAACGAGACUGCGCUCCUCGUUCGACUAUUUUGCGCGUGCCGAAUCCGUCGCGCUAAAUCAUUGCUGAAUCGUGUGUUUACCCUCGAGCUCUUUCGCGUAACGAGCAGAUGUAUUGCUGCAAUGAGAACAAAUCCAAGCGGGCUUGCUGC